AGAAAAGUCAGAGUCAGAGUUUCAUUACUCAUUAUAAGCUUUUUUAGACGAGAAGUUGAUAGGGGAUAUUCGUUUCUUCUUCUUCGAUUUUUCUGGGGUCUCUUCCUCUUCCUUAUCCAAAAGGUUCGAUGAAACAGGAUUCGAUGAAUAGAUCAUGUCUCUGUAGUAUCUUGAUCACCACUGCUCUGAUCUGUGGUGCUUACUUCAUUGGAAAUGCUUAUAUUGAUGAAGAAUUUAAAGAGAAAUUGCUGAGAUGGGAAAUCACUAAUAGGAUGUAUAACGUCACUGAUAAGAUACAGAACGUCGCUGAUAAGAUGCAUAACGUCACUGAUAAGAUACAUAACGUCGCUGAUAAGAUGCAGAACGCAACGUCCCCUACAUGCGAGAAUCUCAAUAAGCCAUUGGGUACUGAGGCAUUACCGCAGGGAAUUAUCGUCAAAACAUCAAACUUGGAACCGCAACAUCUAUGGAACUACCGUCACAAUAAAAAGGGGAACCCGAACCGUGCAAUGAGUUUGUUAGCCAUGGCAGUUGGAAUCAAGCAAAAGGAUAUAGUCAACAAUGUUAUCCAAAAGUUUCAUUCUCGAGAUUUUGUGGUCAUGCUUUUUCAUUACGACGGUGUUGUGGAAGAUUGGAAGCAGUAUCCAUGGAAUGAAUAUGCAAUUCAUGUUUCCGUGAUGAAUCAAACGAAAUGGUGGUUCGCCAAGCGGUUCUUGCAUCCUGAUAUAGUUGCAGAGUAUGAGUAUAUAUUUCUUUGGGACGAAGAUCUUGGUGUAGCUCAUUUCAAUCCUCAACGAUACUUAUCUAUUGUCAAAGAAGAAGGUUUUGAGAUAUCGCAACCCGCUCUUGACACUACAAAAACAAAGGUGCACUAUCCUAUCACCGCUCGUCGCAAGAAGUUAAAAUUUCAUAGACGUAUGUAUAAAAACAAAGGCAGUGUGCGUUGCGAUGAUCGUAGCACUGAUCCUCCCUGCACCGGGUGGGUAGAAAUGAUGGCACCUGUUUUCUCUAGAUCAGCAUGGAGAUGCUCUUGGUAUAUGAUUCAGAACGAUUUGAUACAUGCCUGGGGCUUGGAUCUGCAGCUUGGUUAUUGUGCUCAAGGUGAUCGGAAGAAAAAUGUAGGUGUUGUUGAUGCGGAGUACAUAGUGCAUUACGGUCUUCCCACACUGGGUGUGGUUGUAACUGCUUCAAGCUCUUCACGGAAUGAGACAAACCCGAAAUCACGGGUUUCACAAGAAUCAUCAGAGUCUCGUGAAGUGGAUAAUAGACCAGAAGUGAGGAGGAAAUCAUAUGUGGAGAUGAAGAGAUUCAAGGAACGUUGGAAGAAAGCUGUGGAGGAUGAUAUAUGUUGGGUCGAUCCAUAUUGAAAACCUAAGCGGUGUAUGUAAACCGAACAAGACCGGAUUACAUUCGCAAAUAGACUUUUGAGAUUGUGUUCUUGUUAUUUUGUGGUCUAGUGUAUACAUACCAUUGUUCUGGUACAUUAGGCAAAAGAAUCAGUGUAUGUACUUGCGUUUAGUAUUGGACCACAUAAAUGUAGUUUUGUUGUUGAUGAUAUUA